UAAUGGAGGAAGAGACGCAAUGACAAGUCGCCAUGAACAUGAAAACAAUAUUGAUACACGCUCAAAAAAGUGACUGCGAGCGAAUGUCUCCAGUACCUUAACCUAUUGUUAACUGAAUUAGUAAUUAGGCUACAUAAACAGCGAAAGGUUUUCGUUGAGUGGACGAGAUUAAAGCGACGUUGCUUAGAGAGCCGUAAACAGUCGCCGUCGUCGUAGAGGACGUCAGCACUGAGGACAGACUGCUCAACUACUGGUGACCGUAUACAGGCUAGUUAGUCAUGUCUGCUGGCACCAGUGACAGUCUGAGGCGCAGCGAGAGGCUGGAGAGCACCAGGCAAGUGUCUUUUACCGAGGAGCGGUGUGUGGACCUGGUGGAGGAUAGGCAGCCAACCCCACAGCCAAAGCCAGUCCACAAAGGCCGCCUUAAAGAUGCUAAUGGGAACGAGUCUGAGACCAUCGACUUCGGUCCCAGUGUAGCCGAACCUUCAUCUGCAGCAUCGAGCUGCAAUCCCUGCUCUUCUCCAAAGAGCUGUAAAACCUUCGUGUGCACCGUAAUCACCUUCGGACUGUAUAAGGUGUGCCAGCGCUGCAUCCACGCUCCGCGUUUGGCGCCGAACGAGAGCUCCCCAGAUGAGCCAGAAAAGAUCAGCCUCCGAGGCGUUAACCCAGACAACAACAAAGAAGAGGCUGACACCGAAUGGUCAGACUUUCGCAUUAACGGAGUCAAAGUAGUCGGUCCGAAAGAUGAUUUAGAUUACGACGUCAAAUCUUCACCAUAUGCGCCACUGCCUGCUCAAACCCCAUCAGAGUUUGCCUCCCUGCAUGACUCUGUGUCAUUCCAUGACUGGGAGGACGGCGACGAGAACGUGGACUCCCUGAUCACCAAGAAGCUACUGGAGCUGUACUCUGAGUAUCAAAUCGAAGAGCUGGCCAGGUGCACCUCAGACUCUGUGUUUCUGAGGAAGAGCAAAGCCAUCACCCAACUCAUCAACUCCCUGGCAGAGGAGCACAAAAUGGACGAGCAGGAAGCGGAGUGCCGGUUGGUGCGGGGCAUCAUCCGCAUCAGCACUCGGAAGACCCCGAAGAAGCGGCCGCCCAUUCCCAGGAUGGAGAGGACGAUGUCGGACAGUGGGCACGAGACCAUGAUUGGGAGUGGCUCCUUUCCCUCAAGCAACAACAACGACUACAAGUCAAAUCCCAACAUCCAAAUAUCCGACUUGACUUCCACUGACAAGUUUGCCAGAAACAUGUGGAGGAAGAAUGGAGAUCCCACUUCAAGUUCUCCAUCAACCUACUCGCCCUCUCACUCAGAGAUGGAGUCUUCAGGUGUGCCACUGCUACACGCUUCGGUGAGGACAUGAAGCAGCGGGACGGAUCAACCCGGUUGCCUCUCUCAGGUCACGCACUGGGUGUUGGAAGGACGACUUUACUUGCACUGGAGUGUCUGUCUGAGCCGAGCUCCUUUGACAGGAAGGAGAAAAAUGUGAAGGCUGGAAUUAUGUGAAGGCUACAGUGAACUCAGGGUUCUGCAUGCAGAUAUUUAUGAAUGUAAAUAUUGUAUCUGUGCAUUUGAAGGAUCACCUAAUUGGGACUUCGUCUGUAAAACAGUUGUUAAUUUUUUUUAUGACAAUUAACCAUCCGCUUGUUUGUGAAGAGCUUGAGGCUCUACAGUUUGAUUUUGUCCUUUACCCGUACAGUUCACAGUUUUUUCUUUGCUUUUUGUUUGUUUGUUUUGUUAGUACACAUUUCACCAUAUCUUUACCUUCAUAGAGUCGAUUUUAAUUCAUUUUAAUUAUUGCUUUCUUUGUUUAUGAAUGACAUUCUUAGUUUUCUUGAUUUAAUUUGUGUUAGAGGCAUUUUAAUGGUCAUAAUGUCAAUAGUCUAAGAGAUGAAGAAUUUGUUGAAGAUCUUUUCAAAUAUUUAAAAGUGAUAUCAGUAUAAGUAAGAAUCAAAAUUACAUCACUUUCAUAUUAAUAAAACAUUUUUAAUCAUGGCCAACCAUUAAUUUAUUCUCAUUUUUUAUGGUAUCCUGUACAAAAACAUUUAAAUCCUCUUGUCAAUUACUAACAGUGCAAUAGAAAUACUUUAUUAGACACACACCUCUUUAGUGUGUUAAUCACAAGUCAGCAUCUCAUUCUGUGGUUAAAGUUGUUUUCAACAGUUGACAGAAAAAUAUCCUACCCUGUCUGCCAUUUUUCAGAGUAAUAUGCUAAGCCAGGGGUGGACAGUCCUGGUCCUCGAGGGCCGGUGUCCUGCAACUCUUAGAUGUCUCCCUGGUCCAACAUCCAACAGCUGAAUCACCUCCUAAGUGCAGUCAAGUUCUCCAGAGUCCUGCUAAUGACCUCAUUAAUUGACUCAGGUGCGUUGAAGUAGAGACACAUCUAAAAGUUGCAGGAGACGUUUAGGCCCUCCAGGCCUGGAGUUGCCCACCCCUGUGCUAAGCUAACUAAGCUAACAUACUGGAACUCCAUUUCUUUUUCUGGAACUUGAAUGUCUGUCUUUUGUAAGUAAUAUGUAAUGAUUAAAACACACAUAAAACUAUACUUAAUGUUCAGAGAGAUUGGAGUAUGCAAUAUAUUAAAAUAUGAAGCUCAUAUUUAACAGGUAGCUCUUGCUUGUUAAGGGGAAUCUCUAAAAUUCUCACUUUCUGCCUUUUGCAAAGCUUCUGUCCCUUAAACAGCAAAUGUUUUCUGAUUUUUCUCAGUUGAGGAGGUGAAUAAUAAUAAUAAUAAUAAAUCAAACUUCUUGUCAAUAUCAAUAUUUAAAGUGUAGAAGUUUAACAGCCCAGUCUAUCUUCUUAGGCUUUUUUCAGUUCUGUGUGUGAAAUUAGUGGUUAUUCUUGGUUUUCUUGUAUUUUAAAUGUUUGAUGUUUUUCUUGCAUUAGUCAUGUUGUCAUAAGUAAAUGUAAAACUGGCUCUGAUUUUUCCUUUAAAAGCACAAAAUGGAACUGAGUUGAUUAACUUUUACUUGAUUGCAUCAUAUUUGAGAGUGUAUUGAAUUAUAUCUUUGUUUUCAAUCUCUUCUUGAAAACGAAGAUAUUGAAAAUGAGUCUUUUCAAUGUCAUCUCAUUGGAGAUAAAGAAGUAUAUAAAUAAAAGGAUUGUAAAACUAA